AGCGCAACCUUUUCCUGCCUGUGCGUGCGUAUGACACCGCGCGCUGCGACGUGACGCGCACAGGAGCCGUCAACGUGUUUACCUGAACGGUGAGGAGACAACGGAUCAAGCCAAUGUCCUCUUUUACCGUCCGUCGACCUCCUCCCGUCUCAGAGCAGCGAAUACAGAAGCGGUGAACGGAAAUCAGUGCGUGAUACGCGAUCUGCGCGAGAGAAGCGAGGCGCCCAGCGCACGCCACGGCAAAUGGCAACUUGUGCAGUGAGGAGUUUCAGAAGCGUGCCGGAGGCGACCUCAGAUUCAGAUGAUGAAGACAAACUGCACAUUGUAGAGGAGGACAGUAUUCAUGACGAUGCCGGCCGAAAGCCUUCAGUGUUUCAGCUCAAAGCUUCACGACACCCUGAUACUGUCAGCCAAGAUGAUGGCAGCCUGGGGCCAGAUGCUUUGAUACAAGAAAUAAGGAUCAAAGAGGAGUGUGUGACCGACGAAGAAGAUGCUGAUAUUGUCGUGGGCGGUGCAGAUUCGCAGCAAGAAACGACGAGUAUUUACCCAGAUACCCCAGAAGAGAAUCAGGGCACGCCAGAGAGGGGAGUCCACGAUGAGAAUGGUACUCCUGACGCAUUUUCCCACCUGCACACCUGUCCGCACUGUUCCCGUGGUUACAAGCGUCAGACCUCUCUGAAAGAACACAUUAGACUCCGACAUGAGAAGAACGAGGACAACUACUGCUGUUCCCUUUGCAGCUACACCUUUACCUACCGCACGCAGCUGGUCCGUCACAUGACCGCCCACGGACACAUCCGGGAGCAGAGGAAAAUUUCUCAAUCGGGUGGAAACAGAAAGUUCAAAUGUACUGAAUGCACCAAGGCCUUCAAAUACAAACAUCAUCUGAAAGAGCAUUUUCGUAUCCACAGUGGUGAGAAGCCGUAUGAGUGCUCAAAUUGUCUAAAGCGCUUCUCCCACUCGGGCUCCUACAGUUCUCACAUUAGCAGUAAGAAGUGUGCAACCAUGAGCCCGGCGGUCAACGGCUUACCCCAAACACCUGCGGUGAAAACAGCUCUCACCAUUUCUGGACCCACACACAUCCUUUUGAGAGAAAAGAUGGACGGUACCAACAAGCAAGCUCUCACCAUUACUCGGCCCACACACAUCCUUCUGAGAGAAAAGGUGGACGGUACCAACAAGCCUCUACAGGAGCAACUCCCCCUGAAGCAGAUCAAACAGGAGCCUGAUCAUCAAACUAAACCUGCAUCAGCAACGCCAACUGUGGCCAAUGGAGUUGCGGGCCCGGUUCAGGCCACAACACCUCAAGGCGUUGUCCAGACCUUGGUGCUGCCCACUGUCGGGCUGGUCCAGCCAAUCAGCAUCAACCUUAGUGACCUGCAAAAUGCGCUAAAUGCGGCAAUGGACGGUAACGUUACUAGGCCAGUGUUAGUUAGUGCCAACGUGAAUGGAACAGGCACCAAAAUUGUAGGGGCAACGCAGGCACAAACGCCAACUGUUGUGUUGCAGCCACAGCAGUCGCAGUCCCAAAUGCUCUCUGCCUUCUCCGUGCCAGUUGUGGGCCAGGAUGGGAAAGCCAAAAUUAUCAUCAACUACAAUCCCCAAAUAAACCCACAACUCGGUGCACCAAAACCGAACACAACACAGCCUAUUGUAACCCUGUCAAAUGUGACAAAGCCUGCUGUGGAACAAACCGAUACAGCACAGGCUACAUCUACUGUGUCUAAUGUCACACAGCCAAUCGUGGUGCAAGGUCAAGCAACCCAGUCCAGCUUAACUGAAACCCAAACAUCAUCCACACUCAAUGCAAAACCAACACAGAUAAAUAUCGUCAGGCCAGUCCAAGCCGGAAACCCCAGCAAACCUGCGUCCAUCAUCAAGAUAACACCGGAACAGGCUGCCAGGUUGGUCCAGGCCCGUGCGGCACAACCAAAGUUCACCCAGCAAACUCUUUUGUUGGUGAGGAGAGCAGAUGGGACCCAAAGCCUUGUUGUUCGACAGGUCGCUGUUGCCAAUCCCAAUACGCAAGGCACGCCAACUGUGGAGACCAAGGCAGCGGAGAUAAACUCAUCCCCAGAAAAGCCUACGAACACACUUACAUCACCAGAAAAAAAGGAAGGGACAACAGAAAACACCAGUUCAUUAGAGGAAAUUUGUAAGCUACAAAAUGUGUCCGAAAACAUCAAAACAGAACCCGCCUCUCCAUCCAAAACCCCGACUGAGAUGGAGACAGAAGGAGAGGAGGAUACAGACACAGACAGAAAUAAAGAGGAAGGGAAACAAACAACAGUGGAUAAUGCGGUCUCACAUUCUGGAACGGUUCACAGCGGUGUUGCCUGCGGUGAUAACUUCCAUAACUAUGCCACUUGUCUGGUUUGCGAUAACAGCCCAGGCAAACGUAACGGCAUCGACGGCCUAAAAACUGACGCCAAUGGGUCGCCUACAACUAUCUCCCUCACCUCUCUACUUGAUAAGGAUAAAAGUGGAGCAGCAGAGCGCCUCCUUCCUCUCCUGAAGGCCUACAGUCAAAAUCCUGAGCCUACAGAAGAACAGUUGUCUCAGGUUGCAAAGUCGGUUAAACUGCCUCUAGAGUCGGUCAGCAAGUGGUACCAGAAGAUGCGAUCCAAGAAGAUUUUGCUCCAGGGUGCAAACAACCUAAAAAACAACCAGCAGGAAAACACACCGUGUGAUUCCACUGGGGUCAACCCAAGUCAAGACACUUGCACUCCACCCGAACCUCUUGAUGACACUGUAACAGAUGUCCAGAAUAGACCCUACAGCACUGAUUCUUCACCCGCCCCCUCUCCAGCCAGCCUGUCCACCGACGAUCUUGUCAUUGUAAAGACAGAAGACGUGGAGGAGGAGUUGCAGUCUGAGCCUCUGGACCUCUCGCUCCCCAAGUCCAGCCCCGCUCAAGCCAGCGUUGCCGCCAAGCUGCCAAUCUCCACCCAGAAGGAGCCACUCAACCUUACCUGCCUCAAGAAGCAGUCGUUGCCAGGCAACACCAUCUAUGUGACGCAGGGCAGCACAGGCUCUUUGAACAUCAUGGCGGCGUCAUUGCCGACACUCGUUGCCAUUGCAGAGCAGGGAGGAGUUCCGUGUAUUGGCGCUAACAAACGAACUAUCCUCAUACCGCAGCUCACCUACACGUACAACAACAACUCCAGCGUCCAGACAGCCGACAGCACCUCUGCAAAUACGAAAGGGAUGGUGAUACUCAACAAUUCCCUGAAAGCGACAGAUGCUGCGACCGACUCCGUGUCAGGAGUAGAGGACCAGAACGAUGAAGAUUCGCCUGUCCAGAAGAAGAGGAAGAAGAUUUCUGCCGGCAUGUACGCCUGCAAUCUGUGUGAUAAGAUCUUUCAAAAAAGCAGCUCAUUGCUGCGACACAAGUACGAACACACAGGUAAGCGACCUUACGAGUGCGGCAUCUGUCAAAAGGCUUUUAAACACAAGCACCACCUGAUCGAGCAUACGCGACUACACUCCGGAGAGAAGCCCUACCAGUGCGACAAAUGCGGGAAACGUUUCUCUCACUCCGGCUCUUACUCUCAGCACAUGAACCAUCGAUACUCCUACUGCAAGAGAGAGACCAAUGAGCAUCCAGGACCAAACAUCACCUCCACGCCUCCCUCUCAUCUCGACUCUGAUGACAGAGAGAGCGAUGGAGAGGAGGAAGAGGAUUUAUCCGGUCUGGACAUGAGUGAAAUAAGAGUGAUUCGAAUAGGAGAGGAUUAUGACGACGACGAGGAGGAAGAGGAAAGUGGGGCAGAAGAAAAACAAGGGAAUAUACACGAGGAAGGAGAUUCAGUGAUGGAGGUGGAGUUUCGAGAUACUGACACUCUUGAGGAUGAAGUGGGGGACAUCAUUGAAAUGGAGAGUGGCAUUGAAACGAUGGAGGAGUCGGGCAAUGGAGAGGAAGACCUAAAUCUCAAAAUUAUUGAUGAAGAACAUGCAGAGAUGGCAACAGAGGUGCAAGAAAAUGACUGAAAGAGCGCGACCACUUCUGCAUCCGGUUGCUAUGGAAACUGUCUCAGCUCUUUACUGUGUAUAAAACCCAGGUGUGCCUGAUUUACAAACCGUAUUUUCCUUGUUUCAAAGAAACAUUCAACUUUAACAAGGAGAAAGAAACGAGUCUAGACUUCUUGGGACUCGUUUUGCUUAGUUCUGUUACCGAAUCGCCCCGGUAUGUGGAUUUAUCAGUGUUCAUGUUUUCUUUUUUCCUCAAUUUUAUUGUCUGUACAGUCAGAUUUCUAUACCUUUUAUAUUUGCCAAUGAAGUUUACGAAAUCAGUAUUUUGA